CUAGUCGGUAUAGCGGGCGGUACCGGUGGCGAGCCCCGCGCUGGGCUGCCGUCUUCCGGGCCUAGGCGCGUCGUGAGAGGAGGGCUUCCCUUCCAGGAGCUGGGCGGCCGGGGCGUGGCCGCGAACGCGCGAGCCUUGGGCCUCAGAUGGUAGCGAAGGUGGCGCGUUUCCGCGGAGAGGCCACUGCACCGCCCUGGCCACGCGGGGAAGGAAACGGGCCCGCCUUGUCCCCCGCGCGUGCCAAUGAUCUGGGAGAAGGCACAGGUGUUUGCUAAGUGGAUCAGGUUGCUGCAGGCUUGAUUGAUAAAUUUCAAAAGUGGAGGAACUGUUACAGUCCAGGAAAUGGAAGAAGUGGAGACAGACUUCUGAAAGAGUGAGCAGCUUUCUUCACUGUGCCCUUCUACCAAGAUGUUUCUGCCUUGCCAUAGAAGCAGAGGGCCCAGCUGAUACGGACUAUAAGACCUCUGAAACUGUUGUAAAGAUAAUCUCCUGGCUGAUGGCUGAAUAGAGGCGCCCAUCACUCAACUCCUCCACAAAGAAGAGUUAAAGAUACAUAGCUGUGUUCAGAGAUAUUUGUCAGUGAUGAAAAGCUGACUUAAUAUGCUGAAAUUGUGUUGAUUCUUACCAACGUGACAUUCAGAAGCCAGGGACUGAGAGUGAGACCUCAGGAACUCUUGAGGACAGAGUGGAUUGGCUGCUUUCCAGGGAUGGAAAAUAAAGUGAAGCUGUUUCUUACAUCAGCAGGUCAUCCGGAUAUUUAACUAAAAAUAUGACAGCUCUUUCUCCAGAGAACUGCUCCUCUCAGCACUGGGUACAUCCAUCAAAGCAGCCCCCAGACGUUAACUGUGUAUUGUUCUUGAUUGUACUUGGGAAAAUAUUGCUAAACAUCCUCACACUAGGGAUGAAAAGGAAAAGCAUCCACCAGAGUUUCAUGGAGUACUUCUGCAUGUCGCUAGCGCUUGCUGAUCUUUUCCUGUUGGUAAACAUUUCCAUUCUGUCCUACUUCCGGGAUUUUGUUCUUCUAGGCAUUAGAUUCACUAAAUACCAUAUCUGCCUGCUCACACAAAUUGUUUCCUUCACUUACGGCUUUUUGCAUUAUCCCGUUUUCCUGAUAGCUUGUGUAGAUCAUUGCUUCAAUCUCUCUAAAACCACCAAGCUUCCAUCCAAGUGUCAAAAGUUAUUUUAUUUCCUUACAGUCAUUUUACUCUGGACUGCAGUCCUUGCUUAUGUUUUGGGAGAUCCAGCCAUUGCCCAAAGCAUGAAGUCACAUAGUGUUUAUUUUUACCAGUGCCCCUCCUAUGUCAGCAUUCAGAGUUACUGGCUGUCAUGGUCCAUGCUGACGGUUUUACUUGUGGCUUUGCUGGUUUCGUGGUCAGAAGUAAUUACCUUAAUACAGGCUGUUAGGAUAGCGUCCUAUAUGAACGAAACCAUCCUCUAUUUUCCUUUCUCACCCUACUCUGGUGAUACCGUGAGCUCUAGAAAAAUCCUCUCAUCCAAGCUCCUCGUGUGCUUUCUUGGUACCUGGUUACCAUUUGUAGUGCUUCAGGUCCUCACCCUUUCACUCGGAGCCCGGGUUCCCGCAUACAUUGAGAUGAACGUGCCCUGGCUGUACUUCGUCAACAGUUUCCUCGUUGCUGCAGUCUAUUGGUGUAGCUGUCACAAGCUUUAUUUAAGCAAGAUUACAUUACCUAAAGAUCCAUUUGUCAACUGGAAAUGCUGCUUUGUUCCAUUUACAAUUCAUGGACGUGAGCAAAUGGAGAGGCCUGCAUCAGUAAUCAUUUGUUAGCACGUGCCAUAUUGAAGGGACUGAAACAACUGUACAAACAGAAAAGAGCGACCCAGGGCGUGUACUGAAGCUCCUGCUCCCCUGACUUUUACACUUUUCCAGCAUGUGUUCUGGGGCUGAUAUUAAAGUGUUAGAAAUUCAGUCAGACCAACAAAUUUGUGUGCCUGUUCACUAACAGUGUAUUUGGUAUUAAUCCAAAAGUAAAAUAAAUGAGGUAACACUUGGCCAUACUGAUGUUUGUUUUAGCCCUCUACCCAAACUACGGGAUGCAAAAUAGCGCUAUAUAAAGCUGAGAUUUCACUGCCAGCUUUUAAGAUAUAAGCUUAAAUAUUUUAGCAAAUUUAGACCAAAAACUGUUUU